GAGAGCCUGGAGCGAAGCCUCCAGAGCGAUUUCUCGGUAGACAGCUUUCCUCAACGUGCCAGUCCACGUGUUUUAGUCUGAGACAUUCGGGGGUUCAUCUCCGGAGACACCCAAUCUGCUUCUCAGGCGCUCAGCCAGGAAAUGGAGCCGGUCCUUCCCGCGCAGGCCACGCUGCUGCCGCCAUCACCUCAGAGCAUGCGCUUUGAGCCUCUCCAGCCCAUUCCAGUUGCAGUCAUUAACUUUCUGAAGAGGCGCGCGGCUCAGCAGGGUGUGGCGGGAGAGGGGGAGGGGACGACUAUCUGCGGCGGUUGAAAGUGUUCCCGGCUUCCCCUCCAGUACUGGUGAGCCCGCCAAAAUUCAAUCCAGUCCUGCGCUGCUCCCCGGCUCCAGGCUAAGGACCGAUCGGUAUCGGAGCUGGGAUCGAUUCUGGGGUGCGGAGCGGGGUGGAUCCCCGUGGCCAGCGUCUUGGCUGCCUUCCCUGGAAAGGAAAGGAAAUGCCUUUAUUUGAGGCAGAACUUACAUGCUCCAUUUGUUAUAGCAUAUUUGAGGAUCCUCGAGUCCUGCCAUGCUCCCAUACGUUUUGCAGAAAUUGUCUGGAAAAUAUUCUUCAGGCAUCUGGGAACUUCUAUGGGCGGAGAGACAUCACUUGUCCUACUUGCAGGCAUAUAAUUGAAAUCACUCCCCCUGGCAUUGACUCUUUGCCCAUCAACUUUGCCCUGAGGGCUAUUAUUGAAAAAUAUGAGCAGGAAGAGCACCCAGAUGGCAUCACAUGCCCUGAGCACUCCAGCCAGCCGCUCAACAUGUACUGCCUGCAGGACCGCCAGCCAGUGUGUGGCCACUGCCUUACCAUCGGCCAGCACCAAGGACACCCCAUCGAAGACCUUCAGAGUGCCUACAAGAAAGAAAAGGAGGAGCCCCUGAAACUCUUCAAGCAGUUGACCGAAGGUCCCUUGGGAGAUGUCUCUCUGCUCCUUGAGAAGUUAGAAGAGCAGAAAUCCCAUGUGGAGCAAAUUAUCCAAAGUGAUAAAGAAACCGUCCUCCAGUAUUUUAAGGAGCUUAAUGGUAUCUUGGACCUGAAAAAAAAUGCUUUACUCUCUUCCUUGGAUGACGCUAGGAGGGAGAUUGAUAAAGAAUACACUCCACAAAUUGAUAGAAUGAAAGAAAUAAGAGAAGAGCAUAUCAAAUUACAGUCAUGCACUGCCUUUUUGGGAGACGAGGAGUCACCACUUAAGUUCCUGGAAAAAUUCCAUAGUGUUCGUCAGCGGGUGCAGGCACUGAGACAAAGAAAGCUGCCCAGUGUCCAGCCUCUUGAGAUUUGUCCCCGCAUCGGCCCCAUCCUGAAGGAAGAGUGGGCCAGAACUGAAAUUGGUCAAAUAAAAAAUCUUGUGACUAAAAUAAAGCUCUCCCCCCAAAGGAUGGAGAAGAAGGGGCAGUUUGCAAAGAUUUUCUGCAUUUUUAUGCGCAUAAUUUUAUACGUUUAUAUAUCUGCAGGAUUAUUGCUAUUCAUAUUUAACAAUCUACCCGUUUUACCCAAUGAGGGUUCAGGAUAUUUGUCUGAAGAUUCUCAAUCUCCAGAUCAUUCUUUUUUCAACAUUAUAAUUAAGGAAUCUGUGUGCCCUGCUGACCAUAAGCUGAAGAGAUUCCCAUGGGAUAAUGAUUCCCUUUCUUCUUUUAUUAUUUUUACUUUAAGUUACUUGAUAUAUGAGGAUACAUAUGAUCAAGCAGAUGUUUUUCUGCUUUGUUUCUACUCCCACAGUUCUUCCUCUGGAUGUGGAGAGCUUCUUUCUCAUAAGUCCCUCAGAAUUGGCUUGGAUCAUUGCAGUGCUGCUCGUAGAGAAGGUCAUUACAUUCAAUCAUGCCACAGUGUAUCUGUCUCUGUGUACAGUGUUCUCCUACACUCUGCAUCAGUUCCUGGAGGUCCUUCCAGUUCACUUGAUUUCCUGUUUAUGAGAAUUCAGAUCUGGGAAGCGAAGGGUGAAGCUGUGCCGAUGCUACCCAUAAAGGUGGAAGGCUUGAUAUGCCGUGUUUCAGUAGGUCCAAUGUGCCCCAAAGCAAAGCCCAAGGAGAGGCAGAAUGCUUGGAUUGUUGGAAAUUCAGUUAAUCGAAGUUGACUAGUUUUCUAAAAAUUAUUUUGAAUUGAGAAAUUUAUUUCCCUUUUGGCCAAUAAAUGUUGACUGUCUAAUAAGAUUGUGACAUUUGAAUGUGUUUUUACUGACAUUGUUUCCUCUCCUAGAAUUCUGAAUUAUGAAGCUCCCUUUUUUCCCUACUGUUAACUUCUUACAUUUAGCCAGCCUUGGCCCAUUUCUGUAGUCCUUGACCCCUUUGGCCUUCCUUUCCUCCCUGUGGUCUUGACCCUCUCAUUGAGCUCUUGUCUCUAGACUAUGCUUAAGAGCUCGCUUGUCCCCUCUCUUGAGGCAGCUCAAACCCACUGGCCAUCACCAGUAGCCUCCUUUGUCUCUGUGUAUGGUCAGCUGAUAAGCUCCUGAGUGCAACUGGAAGGAACCUCCAAUGCCUCUAAUCCAGACAUUGUCCAGGU